AUGGAUUAUCUGUUCUGGAGGAAAAAUAGUAUCAUGGAGCCAGAGCAAGAUAGGGAUCCUUAUCCCUGGAUAAUAUGGUUCAUUUGGAAAGCUAGAAAUGAAAAACUCUUCAGAGGAAUAGAUAGAGAUCCUCUGGAACUGUUUAGACAUGCUGAGAGUGAAUGCCAUGCAUGGUUUGAGGCUAACGAAGUGGCACAAGCUGUGACACAUGACACUAUGAAUGAGGAACCCCAAGCCGCAUGUUUGGGAAAUAUUUGUCUAUUAGAUGGAUCUUGGACUCUUUCAGCUAACUUCAGUGGAUGUGGAUGGACAUGGAGAGAUAGCUCUGGGAAUAUUCAGCUUAUGGGGACAAAAAACUUCCCUCGACGGGAAUCGGCCUUGCAUUCGGAGGUAGAAGCACUGCGGUGGGCGCUGCGGUGGGCGAUGGAGAACUCGACCUGCCAGAGCUUUGGGACAGACUGUAAGGAACUGAUUGCUAUGGUUAAGGAUCCCCAGGCGUGGCCAAGCUUUGCGACGGAAUUGGAGAGAAUAGAGACGCUACAAAUCUGCUUCCCGGACUUCAACAUCACUUACGUUCCACGGGCGUAG